GGCCGGCUACCAUUGGCUGCUGGCGCUGCACCAAUAGGAAAGAGUAGGAGAGGUCAUGUGACAGCUGCAGUACUGUGUUCGAGGAGCACGCUGGGAGCUCUGCAGCCAAUGGGCGGUGUAAUUACCUAGGGCUCCGCGGCUCCGUUGGGUUCGGGCUCAUGGUUCAGCCUCCGGCCAGCGGGCACAUACUGACAUUUAGGCACAGCUGGAGGCGGGCUCCAGUCCUUUGUAAAGAGAGGAGAGUCACUCAGCUAUGGGUAUGUCACGCCGAAUGUUUCUGACCGUCUAUGGGAGCCUGUGGCUUCUCCUGCUAUUGUCACGGCCCGGUGUCUCCAAGCCGCAGCUCUGCCAAACCUGCCAGAAUCUGGUCACCAAUGUCUUAAAGGGUAUAGAGAAGACGGCUGGACUCAACUUUGGGGGAGGAAACACAGCCUGGGAAGAGGAGAAGCUCUCCAAAUACGAGAUCAGUGAGACCAGACUUCUAGAAGUGAUCGAAACAGCCUGUGACAAGUCUGAUUUUGACUGUAACAAGAUGCUGGAGCAAAAUGAGGAGCAUAUGGAGAGCUGGUGGUUUAAGAAACAGAAGGAACAACCUGACCUCUUCCAGUGGCUGUGUAUGGACACCCUGCGGCUCUGCUGUCCAAAAGGCAGAUUUGGUGCAGACUGCCUCUCUUGCCCUGGAGGGACGGAGAAACCCUGUAGUGGAAAUGGGCAGUGUAAUGGUGAUGGAACCCGAUUUGGUACUGGAGUGUGCGACUGUUACACCAGCUACGGUGGCCCGGUCUGCAUGGAUUGUGCACUUGGCUAUUAUGAACAAGCCCGUAAUGAGAGCCACCUGGUAUGUUCUGAAUGUUACAGAGCUUGCAGCAAGUGCAUUGGGCCCGGGGACGAUCAGUGUGUGCUGUGCAAGAGGGGCUGGCUACUGCAUGAUGGGAAGUGCAUAGAUAUUGAUGAAUGUGGUACUGAAAAGGAUCACUGCAAGUCCAACCAGUUCUGCUUCAAUACAGAUGGAUCCUACGAAUGCCGAGAAUGUGACAAGUCCUGCAUUGGUUGCAUGGGAGGUGGACCAGCUCGCUGUAAGAAAUGCAACAAAGGGUACUACAGGGAUGGAGUCAAGUGUCUGGAUGUGGACGAGUGUGACAGCGAGUUGCCCAAAUGCAAAGGAUCACAUGAAGAGUGUGUGAACACAGAAGGGAGCUUCACCUGCGUUUGUGAGAAAGAUUACUCCAGGAUUGAUGGAAUGUGCAGACCGGACAGCUAUGACAGUAAUGCUGAGAAGGGUCUGUUUGACGACAUCACAGACGACGAGGUGGUGGUCUUACAGCAGAUGUUUUUUGGGGUGGUGAUUUGCGCCUUGGCCACCCUGGCAGCUAAGGGGGAUAUGGUAUUCACCGCUAUUUUCAUCGGUGCCGUGGCAGCAAUGGCUGGAUACUGGUUAUCAGAGAAGGGCGACCGAGCACUUGAUAGCUUUAUGAAAGGAAGAUAGCUUCCCUAUUGGCUGGCACAAGGAUGCAAGUUUUUGGCAUAGUUGUGAAACCCUUAAGGCUGUGGUGGAAACGUAACUGAGUGAUCUGUAACCCAAGCAAAAUCCUCUUGUGCUCCACUUGAUAUCACUGGCUGCUCCGGAAGCACAGAUAGUGGGAAAUAAAGGGAAUUUGUGGAUGAAAAAUUUGUCCAAACUCUCACCAUCUUUAUAGCCUCCAACAGUGGGGGGGUGACUCUUCACAGUGGCAAUUCUGCGUAUACAUAAUGUGGAGACAACGUUUCUACAGACAUUGGCUGAGGAUGACUACAGAUAUAUAUGCAUUACACCAAAUCCUGCAGCGAGAUAUGCAUCUGUUCUAGUAUGGAGAGUACUGAGCACAAGUUCCAUCAAUGGCCACAAGGUGGCGCUAGCUCUUGCUUUCAAACCCACUUUACUAUGGAGAGGCGCUCUUUUGCAACCCACAGAGAAUAGUCCUUGCCACUGCACUGAGAGAAGGCUACAACUUUUAGGACUGGGCAGAACUGGAGUGGUACCAGAGACCCACUGGCAAUCAGGAUUGUUGUUAUUUGAGCCAUAUCCUCAAAAAGCUUGGAAAUAUGUGAAACUGCCUUGGGGUGUAACGGACGUAAGGAUUUUUAUGGCUAUUACCUAUUUAUAUGGACGUGGAACUGCACUGCUGUGUCGUUGGCCUGUAACUAUGGAAGCUUGGGCCCUUUAGCUACUAUUUAUAAUUCAAUCAACUUGAACUCAAUAAGAAUCUGGGGAACACCAACUUCAUAACUGAUAUGGGAAACACAAUAUACUGUGUCUAUCAGAGAGGAUCCGUCUUGCCCUUUGCAGUAGCUCUGGCAAAAAAAACCACCCCCCCAUUUCAUCUUACGUGUAUUUGUAGGUA